AUGAAGAGCAAUUAUCGGCAAGCGAGCAGUAAGUUGGCCAGUGAACUGGUUGUCAAUCGCAUUGAGCAACACCUGAGAUUAAGGCCGAAGGACAUUAUAUUCGCAAUGCAAGAAAAAUAUAAUAUUCUUAUUAGCUUUAAGAAGGUAUGUCACGCUAAAGACAUUGCAAUCGAUCGCGUAAUGGGGUCUUAUGAAGACUCUUACAAAGAACUCCCGAUGUACUUGCAUGACUUGAGGAUGACGAAUCCGAGGACAAUGACUGCCCUACUUGUGACUCAAGAGACGAUGAGGUUUGAGAGAUGUUUUGUUGCGCUCGAACAAUGCGUCAGAAGUUUUCAAACAUCUCUGCGAAGGGUCCUACCCAUUAACGAGAUGCAUCUAAAAGGUAAGUACAAAAGUAUUAUAUUCGUUGCUACGACUUUGGAUGGCGACAAUCAUAUAUUUCCAGACGCUUUUGGUAUCGGAGAAUCAGAGAACAGCAGCAGUUGGAACUGGUUCCUUACCUACCUCAGCAAUUUGUUAGGAGAUCUAUCUGGUCUUAUAAUCAUAUCAAACCGGCAUAAAGAUCUAAUGAAAGAAGUUCUCCAUAUCUUCCAAGUAGCAAUCCAUGGCUACUGCGCAUACCAUAUAUACCGAAACUUGGUAGACACGUUCAAAGACAAGUCAUUAGAAAUCAACUACUAA